AUGCCCGUACCUGUAUCUACCACUCCUUCAUUGGAGUCGCUGACGGAUAUCUUUCCCGUAACCUUCCCUGUUCCAACACCUACAACACACCCGGACCUUGUUUCAACACGAGACGUUGUCCGUGAAGAAGACCUUCUCCGAAAUCCUUUCUCCUUCCGGCAUUGGUGGGCAGCCAUACAAAACACCAAGGAGGCCUCUUCUGCCCUACUGAAAGCCCAAGGACCUUCAGAUCUGAGUCCGGAUGUUGCUGCUCUGCUUGGGCCCUUGGCUUCACCUGUUGCUCGCAAGUCUCUUCAACGCCUGACAUAUCUUUACGAGGCUGCGCUCGCGCAGUUCCCUACGUCAUUCAAGCUAUGGAAAUCUUACCUCCAAACCCGGAUGUCGUAUGUUUUGGGUAAGUUGAUUGUCAAGAAAAGGGCUGGUGGCAGGAAGAAAUUCCCGGAAAUGAGAGAAGCAUUAGAAGAUGAGAAGGAAGAUAUGGAACAGUGGGAGGGAGGUUUGGAUGGUGUUGUCGGAUGGGAGGAGUGGAAGGCACUGAUUGCAACAUUCGAACGCGCUCUUGUGUGGUUACCCAAAAUGCCGCGGUUGUGGCUGCUCUACUUGUCUAUAUUCAACCAUCCGUUUUGCCCUCCGUUAGUGUCACACACCCAUGUCCGCCGCACUUAUGACCGCGCUUUCCGAACUCUUCCGCCAUCUCUUCAUUCACGCAUAUGGGCUCGUUAUCUGCUUUGGGCUGAGGGAAAAGGUGGCGCGACAACAGUUGCUGUGUACCGACGCUACCUAGCUGUCGAUCCUAGCGUUACUGAACGGUACACUGCCCUUCUCCUGUCAGAAAACAAUUCCGAUCCACGACCACUCGAAGCAGCAAAACUACUUCUCUCUUUGGCUCGUAAAGCAGCGAGAGGAGAAUACACUAGUCCAGAAGGCAAGAGCCCAUACCAGCUAUUAGGUGAUUUCUUGGACGUGGUUGAACAACAUGCAGAGGAGGUGGGUAUGGAUGUAGACGACACAGUUGAAUCGCAUGAGGCACAUGCGAGAGAAGAGGAUGCACAAACGACAUCAGUUUCUUCCUCCGAACCGGCCUCUGUAAAUGGCAAGCUCAUCCGCUUCGCGGGUCCUGCUGUUGCUGUUAGUGCCGAUGGCAAAACACCGCUUGCGCCUUUUGACGAGGACGAGGACCCCACAAGUCUGCGGAAGCUCAACAUAGAACGAAUCGUUCAUAAAGACGGUCUGGACGUAUACAAGGACCAGGCGGGUCGCUUGUGGACAGGGCUGGCAACGUAUUGGGUAAAGCGAGGCGAGUUCGAUCGUGCCAAGAUGACAUUCGAAAAUGGCAUCGCUUCUGUUCUCACUAUCCGGGAUUUCACGCAAAUCUUUGACGCGUACGCGGAGUUUUCGGAGAGUCUGAUCAGUGCUAUGAUGGAAAGCUUAGCCAACCCAGACGAUGAGGAGGAUGAAGAAGACGUCAAGGAAACAGAGGCUGAACUUGACGUGAAGAUGAAGGAGUUUGAAGAGCUCAUGGACCGGAGACCAUUCCUUGUCAAUGAUGUACUCCUGAGGAGGAAUCCAAAUGACGUGCAGGAGUGGGAGAAGCGAGUGGCAUUAUGGGGCAGUAACGAUGAAAAAGUUGCAGAGACAUACGGCCAGGCUCUGUCAACUGUCGUCCCCCGCAGAGCAACAGCGAAUUUCCACCGUUUGUUCAUCAACUUCGCGAAAUUUUAUGAGGAAGGUGGUACGACAGGAGAAGCAGAGCACGACUUGGAUAGCGCUCGGAAAGUUUUGGAGAAGGCAACAAAAGUCAACUUCAAGUCUGUAGACGAACUGGCCGAGGUCUGGUGCGAAUGGGCGGAAAUGGAGAUUCGACAUGAGAAUUACGACGAUGCAAUUCGAGUGAUGCAACGAGCCGCUGCUGUUCCGAAGAACACCAAGGUCAACUACCAUGAGCACUCAUUAUCAGUUCAAAUGCGUCUUUUCAAAUCGCUGAAGCUCUGGUCAUUUUAUGUGGAUCUAGAAGAAUCACUUGGGACUGUAGAAUCCACGAAAGCGGUGUACGACAAGAUUUUGGAGCUUCGCAUAGCAAACGCGCAGGUCAUCGUCAAUUAUGCAGCUUUCCUUGAAGAGAACAAGUACUAUGAAGAGAGCUUUAAGGUCUAUGAGCGCGGGACUGAGCUGUUCACAUUCCCUGUAUCCUUCGAAAUAUGGAACAUUUACCUUGCCAAGUUCACCAAACGAUAUGGCGAUUCGAAAGUGGAACGUGCGCGAGACUUGUUCGAGCAAGCAUUGGAGAAAUGUCCAGACAAGUUCUGCAAGCCAAUAUUCAUGAUGUACGCGGCAUAUGAGGAAGAAUUUGGCCUAGCAAAACGGGCGAUGUCUGUAUAUGAUCGUGCAACACGUGUGGUUGCCGACGAAGACAAGUUCGAACUAUUCACUAUCUACAUCGCCAAAGCGACCGGCAACUAUGGUCUUCCUGCCACUCGUCCAAUAUACGAGCGGGCGUUGGAAGUGCUCCCAGACAAGCAAACUGCCGAGAUGUGUCUGCGGUUCGCAGCAAUGGAACGCAAACUUGGUGAAAUCGACAGAGCGCGUGCGAUUUACAUACACGCAUCGCAAUUCUGUGAUCCUAGGGUCAAUCCCAAGUUCUGGGCGGAGUGGAACACCUUUGAGAUCGAGACCGGCUCGGAGGACACAUUCCGAGACAUGCUUCGGAUCAAGCGUAGUGUCCAGGCCCAGUUCAACACCGAAGCAUCGUACCUAGCAGCACAGAUGGCCGUAAAGGAGAACGGAGACGCGCAAAAAGAGGACGUGGAGGUGCCUGCGGAUCCUAUGGCUGCGGCCGAGCUACAAGCUGGCGGAGUCAAGGGGCCUGCCUUCGUUUCUGCACAACAAAAACUUCCACCUACUGAAGAGGAAGAGGAUAUGGAACCUGCGUCCGGGCCAGGCAAUGCGGACGAGAUCCAUAUAUCGGAUGAUGAAGACGUAUAG